UAUUGGUGUUAGAAUGAUAUUAUGCUUCACUAUCAACACAUUACAUUGAGGAUGCUAAAAGGCUGCGCUAUAUACACAUUAGGGCCAAUGGUGAACGCAGGUACCGCUUUGGCCACGGGAAAAACCGGGACGGCGACUACCGCUGCGACUCCGGCUGGGGCGGCGCCAAAGAAGGCUUAUUCCGCGUGGGAUAAACUUGUUUCGUCAGGUGAGAAAAUAUUGAGUUAUCCGGCAAGAUUGUCGCAGAUGGAUUAG